AGGAAGUGAAGCUACAAAGUCAAACAAAAUGGUGCUUACCAGCAUUACAGUUUGCUAAAUAAUGUGGUAUCCGUUUCUUCAAAAAUCAUGUGUUCAUACCUCUGCAAGUCUCUUAAAAAAGGCAGCACAUAACCUGAAAGGAAAGAGUACUGCUGAUCAGCGCUGGAUAGUUCGACAGCUGAAUGACCCUUUUGUAAAGGCUGCCCAUGUGCACAACUACCGAUGUAGAAGCGCUUUCAAACUGCUGGAGAUCGACGACAAAUACAAACUUUUAAAACCUGGAUUCAGCGUGAUAGAUUGUGGUGCUGCUCCCGGUGCUUGGAGCCAGGUAGCUGUUCAAAGGGUCAACUCAACUGGUUCAUAUGAAGAAUUCCCCCGUGGCACUGUGGUUGGGAUUGACCUUCAGCGAAUAGCUCCUCUGGAUGGAGCCCACUUCCUGUCCAACUGUGACAUCACAGACCCUGUCACACAUGCCAAGCUGCUCAAACUCCUCCCCGGUGGCCAGGCUCAUAUCAUCCUGAGCGACAUGGCACCCAAUGCCAGUGGUUUCAAGGAGAUGGACCAUGAAAAACUAAUCACAAUGUCAUUGUCAUUGAUGGACUUGGCUGAUAAGGUGUUGCGGCCUGGUGGUUCUCUGAUUUGUAAGUAUUGGGACGGAGCUUUGGCUAGCGUGCUUCAGGCGAGGCUUUCAGCUGUGUUCCGUGAAGUCAGGACAAUCAAGCCAAAAGCCAGUCGAAAGGAAUCCUCAGAAUUGUUUCUCCUUGCCAGGUCAUACAGAGAAAUUAAAUAAGAUAAUUACAUUUUUGUGUACUGGAAGCUUUGUUCGACCGCAAAGAAUGGCUCAACAACCACCGUGCCCCUUAUCUUUGUUAGGUUUUCUUUGUUUCUUUCCUGAAUGUAGUUUUAUGAAAAUGUGUGGUGUUCUAUCAUUUCAUUUGAAGCUCAUUAAAAUCUGUAUAUUCUUG